UGGUGGUGGAUAAGUUGAGUGGGAAGACUAAGGAGACUCCUCUUAUAAUCCAAAGAUGCCUAAGUUCAUAGUUAACACAAACAUAAGCAAGGAUAAAGUUCCAGACUCUUUUGUAGGAGAGCUCACACAACAGCUAUCAAAAGUACUGGGCAAGCCAGCACAGUAUUUAGCAAUACAGAUCUCGCCUGAUCAGGUGAUGUCAUUUGGAGGCUCCACAGAGCCCUGUGCUAUGUGCUUUCUCUACAGCAUUGGCAAGAUAGGAGACCAAGAGAACAAGGUCUAUUCCAAGCUGCUGUGUGAGCUGAUGAACAAACAGCUGAAAAUACCAGCGGACAGAAUCUAUGUCAGCUUCUUUGAGAUCAGUGCGGGCAACGUUGGCUGGAACGGCACCACGUUUGCUUGAGGUGCCCUCAACUGCUAACGGAUUAUGUCUGAACCUUCACCAUGGUUUCUGAACACUGAGGUUCUUGUGGUAUUAUCUGUUUGGUACAAAUGUAAGAGCUGUUGGUGCUUCCGUGGCUGUUAUCCACUA